GCAUCAUUGUGCGUUCCCAGCUACAACUCGCCCUGCAUAGUAGCAAUCAAUGAAAAUAUUCAUUCCUAUAUUCUCAAAAUUCCUUCUACAGCUUCAGACGCCAUCAACCACUGUAUUUUAUCGGACGUUGCGCCAACAUUUUAGCUCCUAGUGACCUUCCCCAAGCGGCCUAAAUCAUCUCGCGUGCAAUCUGGGGUCGAUAAACCGUCAGCUCCACCUGCACGAUAUUCCAGCUCGUCCUGAGGCCACUUCCUCUUCAUCUCUGAAGCCUGUACUCCGUACCUACUCUCGAAGUCAUUCCAGUCUCCCAUAACUACCGCAAAUAUGGGUAAAGCAAACUCUUUUGCCAAUUUCCUUAUCAUCGGACCGACCUGUUUCUUCCUAGGUAUCCUCUUCUCCUCGUUCCCUUACGAUUACAAUGUCCUCUGGACGACGCCUCCCGAGGGUCGCGAUGCCUACUUCAACAUCCUGGAAGACCACAUCAAGUUCCUGUACGCCUCACCACCCAUCAUCUCACGCAUUCUGCACAUUGCGAUCGCCACCGGCUUCGCCGGCUUCUUCGUGAAGCUCUAUCGCGCAACGGAGGCAAACUACCUCUUCGACGGCGCGUCUCUCGCUCUCUACUUCGCCGGCAUCCUCGUCUACAUUACGAACAUCGUCAAGGGAUUCCGCGUCGUGACGGCUGGCAUCUACGGAAGCAUCCCCGAGGAGGGCCUCCAGCCUGAAGAUUACAUCAGCAGGGAGGAUACCUUGAGGGUCUUCGCUGCGAGCAACACCAUCUUGGCUUUGGUGUUAGUGGGUGUGCUGGUGUUGCAGGCCGGUCAUUGGUAUGCAGUAAGGAAGGAGGAGGCUGAGAUCGCAGCUAUGGAUAAGGAGGCUGAGGAGAAGAAGAAGUCUGGAAAGAAGAAGCAGUAAAUGGAUUGCUUUCUUUCUCCCUUUCCUCAAUCUACUACUUCUUCACGAUGGAUGGGUGGGAUUAUGGGGGUACAUAGAUGAAUAUGU